GUUUCUAUCUUCUCCCUAUAAAUAAGAAAUAUCAUCGUUCCUUUCACUCCAACAACCAACAUUAUUACCACUUGAAUCUUGAUAGCCCACUUUGUAUUCCUAAUUUAAACAACCUUCCAUUUGUGAUAAUCAAAACUCAAAAGAUGAAUAGUGCAGCAAGUAAAGCUUGGAUUGUGGCCGCUAGUGUUGGAGCUGUGGAGGCUUUGAAGGACCAAGGCAUCUGCAGGUGGAACUAUGUCUUAAAGCACGCUCAACAGCACCUCAAAAACCGUGUUGGAUCACUGUCUCAAACAAGAAUCCUCUCUUGUUCUUCUUCAGCUCUCUUUGCCAACAAAUUAAAGGGUGAGAAGGCCAAGCAGGCAGAGGAAUCAUUGAGAACUGUCAUGUACCUGAGCUGCUGGGGUCCCAACUGAAAAAUCGUUUUAUGUAAAUAGUAAUUAGUGAUAGAUUAUACAAAUUUUGUGAUGUCAAACGGCUCUAGUACUAUUCAAUGAACUAAGUUUUCUUCA